UUAUUAGUUAGUUAUUCUUCUGGUAGACUAGUUAGCUUAACUAACAACUAUUCUUCUAAGUUCUGGCCAUGUUCGUGCCUGCGAACCCCGGGGAUGCCACAACCCAACGGUCCGUUUGAAAUUAAUACUUAAACAUCCGUCCGGUUCCCCCGCUCCCUCCGGUCUUUUUCGUCCCUUGGACGAAAGAUUCGCGAUCUGACCCUCUCCGCUCUUCCAAACCCCAACUAACCUAAAUAAAACUAAAUACGUGUAUUAUUCAAGGUCCGGGGCAAUCAAGAAUCCUGUCAACCAUCCGCGCUUCCCGUCCCAAAUCGCCUGCUGUGCGAAUUGACUGAAUUAUUUCUAUGCCACCGGCGGCGCGUGAUCCCAGUCUUCUCUUUCAGAGUCAGAGUCCAGCAUGGCUACAGUAACAGAAACAGAAUCGCAAACGAAGCGCAAGGCCUCCACGGCCGGCCUAUCGGGAGCUCCCCGUCCCGUGAAGAGACGAGCGUCCAAGGCGUGCUGCUGCUGUCGUGCCAGAAAGGUCCGCUGUGACGUGGUCGAGAAUGGCUCGCCCUGCACGAAUUGUCGGUUGGACCAGGUUGAGUGCGUCGUGACGGAAAGCAAAAGGAGAAAGAAGUCGCGUGGUGACACGGAAACAAACAUCAACAGCCAUCAAGCUUCAGAUUCACCCGCGGAUACGUCGGAAGAUAACAGUGUAUUCCGCAAGAGAAUGCUUAGCCAUGACCCGUUGUCGGAGAUUUCUGCAGUGUCUCCCUCGCAGGCGUCGAUCGACCUGGAGCAAGGACAGCAGCAUAUGCCGCACCUUCUCUAUCAAACGCAAGCCCACAGGAUCAAUCCAGAUGAGCAACGACGGAGGAGAAUGGCGCAGAACCAGAACCCCGCGGGUCCUUCCCCGGUUCCGCUGUCGAAUGUAGCGUCCUCGAUUCAGCACCUCUUCGACCCGUCCUUUGGCAGCGCGAAACCGGCACGCGGUUUCCUGCCAGACUACAUUCGCGGUCUGCCACAGCGUCUGAUGUCGGAGGAUAUCGACUAUCUGGCGGCCAAGGGGGCACUGACAAUCCCGGAGUUGGAGCUGCGAAACGAGCUGCUCAAGAGCUAUAUUCACUACGUGCAUGCGUACAUGCCUCUUUUGGAUCUGGAAGAGUUCUUGCACAUCAUUGCAAGGAAUGAUGGCAUCCACCGCAUGAGUCUGCUCCUGUUCCAGGCAGUCAUGUUCGCGGGCACAGCCUUUAUCGAUCUGAAGCAUCUACAGGCAGCGGGCUUCCAAACUCGCAAGGCGGCGCGUAAAGUAUUCUUCCAGCGCGCCAGGCUGCUGUAUGACUUUGACUACGAAGUGGAUCGUAUCUCGCUCGUACAGUCCCUGCUUCUGAUGACUUACUGGUAUGAGACCCCCGAUGACCAGAAGGAUACCUGGCACUGGAUGGGUGUCAGCCUGUCGCUCGCCCACACCAUUGGUCUGCACCGUGAUCCUGGGAACUCCGGUAUGGACGUGAGGCGCCAGCGACUGUGGAAGCGCAUCUGGUGGAGCACCUACACCCGCGACAGACUGAUAGCUCUCGGCAUGCGACGACCCAUGCGGAUCAAGGACGACGACUGCGAUGUGCCCAUGUUGACCCUGGACGACUUUGAAUUCAAGACGUUCCCGCCGGAGAUUGUGAGCAUGGUCGGCAACUGCGAGCUUCUCCGCAGCGUUCACCACCAGAGAGAGCUUGGCUUGAUGUUCAUUGAAAAAGCGAAGCUCUGCCUUUGCGUGAGUCACGUUCUUUCUGCGCAGUAUUCCGUGCUAAGUCAUAAGUUUGGUGGUACGACGGAGACAACCAUGAUGCUAGUGCCCAAAAAGUCGGCUGCAGAAACAUUCGAGGUCCGGCGCUGUGAUCAGGAGCUGGAGGACUGGCAAAGCCAUCUGCCCCCCGGGAUCCAGUAUACGCCAGCAGCCACAUCGAAGCUGACGGAGACGGAGGCGGUCCUCCAUUUGCAUCGCGCCCUGCUGAAGAUGGUGUACCUCACCACCUCCAGUGCGCUGCAUCGCCCUCAGGUCCUUCCCGCAUCGCCGUUCCCCACCGUCGAAGCCGAACUGCAGGGUCUGUCCCGCAACAAAGUGCGACGUGCCGCCAUCGAGAUCACCCACAUCGCACAGGAUCUGCACCGACUGGACCUGACUCGGUUUCUUCCGACGACCGGAGUGACGGUGCUCCUUCCUGCAGUCAUCAUCCACCUGCUCGACAUCAAGUCCAAUGACCCCGGCGUGCGGAUGACCAGCCUGCAGCGAUUCUACCAGUGCAUGCGGAUCCUGCAGCGAUUGAGGGAGAUCUACGCAUCUGCGGAUUUCGCCACCUCGUUCUUGGAAGCCGCCAUCCGCAAGGCCGGUAUCCAGCUGACGGUACCGCCGCCGCCGCCUCAGGAGAUGAGACCCCGGCAGCAGCCGUCUGCUUUCAGCGCAUCCAGCCGGCUGAACACAUUGACCCCGCCGCCUGACUCCCUUGCGCAGAAGAUCCCUGACCUGACGUACCCUACGUUCCCUGAGUCCGCUCCGCAGGCGUUCCAGAAUCCGGACGAUGGCAUGUUGUUCGCCUCUACGCCGCCUCACUCCGUUGGCAGCGAGAACGGCAGCAACAAGAACCUCAACCCCAAUGUCGCGCACGAAGCGUCCAACGGCCACUUCCACUCGAACAUGACAAUGAGCGAGUUCAUGGACCUGGCCAACGACGCGGAGGUGACGCAGAACGACUUUGAUGCGCUGAUCAACUUUGACGAUGCUGGCGCAGACUUGUUUGCUGCCGAGGACGGCCUAGGGCUGGAUGGCACGAUGAACGGCAGCGCGGGUCAGAACGAGCAGCUGAAUUUCGGCCUGGAUUUCAGUAUCCCCCCCAACGUGAUGAAUUUUGACGACAACCAAAACAAAGGCAUGAAUUUUGGAUUGGGCGCUUCUCAGCUUAAUGGUGACCGCAGUGCCGCCGACAAGACCGCGGAUGGCCCGACCAAGGACCACGGCAUCCCCACAGAUCUGGACGUUGCCAUUGGGCUGGACCUGGAGUCCUAAGUGCCAUGUUAUAUAUGAAGCGUUUUAAUUGGGCGAUUUUAUUUUUCCUUUGUUUAAGAUAUCCAUUCUGGAUGUGUAUUAUGAUUCCUUGAAUAUGUGUUUAUAUUAUUACGGGACCCUGGGCGUCCUCCUCAUGACCGCGAUUGGAUGUUUUCUGACCUUACUAUUUGGGCGGGGAAGGCUGGCAAGGCGUUCUUACGGUCUGGCGAAAUCUGACGUGGAUUUGGAUGAGUUGACUGGCAAUGCUCCUGAUCGAUAGAGCAGGGAGAUCAAAAAAAUAUGUACCUAGGAACGACAAUCUAGCACAAAAUGGUGAUCAACCUUGUCGAGU